AUUGGCAGCACUGGUAUUCAUCAGGGAGCUUCCACCAGUAGUCGGUACUCAACCGACUCGAACGUUUCACAUCGCCGUGCAAGAAGUGCGGGAGUGAAAUAAUAAAAAUUAGGGUUAGUUACACGAUAUAAUCGAAUCGCGCAUUUAACAAAUAAGUGCGCGUAUAAUUAUUAAUAAUAAAAAUUUUCACUUGAACAGGUGACAUUAUAUCAAAAUGAGUGGUCUAUUAAAGCUGUCGUCUUUACUAGUGAGAAAUCCUCCCACAACGACGUUGAAUAAAUUGGGAUUACCUGUUAUUAUAAAUCGCAAAUUACAUUAUACACCAGAUAGCAAAACUGCAAAAAUCUCAGAUGGUGUUUCUAAGCAUUAUCCAUUAGUAGAUCAUACUUAUGAUGCUGUUGUUGUUGGUGCUGGUGGAGCAGGAUUACGUGCAGCUUAUGGUUUAGUUGCUGAAGGAUUUAAGACAGCAGUUGUUACUAAAUUAUUUCCUACAAGGUCACAUACUGUUGCUGCUCAAGGAGGUAUCAAUGCUGCCUUGGGUAAUAUGGAAGAAGAUAACUGGCAGUGGCAUAUGUAUGAUACUGUGAAGGGAUCUGACUGGUUAGGUGAUCAGGAUGCUAUUCAUUAUAUGACACGUGAAGCCCCAAAGGCAGUCAUUGAAUUGGAGAAUUGUGGCAUGCCUUUCAGUCGAACUUCAGAUGGUAAAAUAUAUCAACGUGCUUUUGGUGGACAAUCUCUGAAAUUUGGAAAAGGUGGCCAAGCUCACAGAUGUUGCUGUGUAGCAGAUAGGACAGGUCAUUCUUUACUUCACACAUUAUAUGGUCAAUCCUUGAGUUAUGACUGUAAUUAUUUUGUUGAAUAUUUUGCUCUGGAUUUAUUAAUGGAAGGUGGAGAGUGUAGAGGAGUGAUUGCUCUUUGUUUGGAAGAUGGUACACUUCAUCGUUUUCAUUCUAAAAACACAGUAUUAGCAACUGGAGGAUAUGGACGUGCAUAUUUCUCUUGUACAUCUGCUCAUACAUGCACUGGUGAUGGCACUGCAAUGAUAUCUAGAGCCAAUUUACCUAAUCAAGAUUUGGAAUUUGUGCAAUUUCAUCCUACAGGAAUAUAUGGAGCUGGUUGUCUUAUCACAGAAGGUAGUCGUGGUGAAGGAGGCUAUCUUGUAAAUAGUGAAGGUGAAAGGUUUAUGGAACGUUAUGCUCCAGUUGCAAAAGAUUUAGCCUCUAGAGAUGUUGUAUCUAGAUCUAUGACUAUUGAAAUUCGGGAAGGCAGAGGUGUUGGUCCUGAAAAAGAUCAUAUUUAUUUGCAAUUACAUCACUUACCACCUGAACAGUUAGCAGCUAGGCUACCUGGAAUCUCUGAAACAGCAAUGAUAUUUGCUGGAGUUGAUGUAACCAGAGAACCUAUUCCGGUUAUACCUACGGUACAUUAUAACAUGGGAGGAAUACCUACAAAUUACAAAGGACAGGUUUUAACGAGAAAAAAUGAUCAGGAUACAGUUGUGCCCGGACUUUACGCUUGUGGAGAAUCAGCUUGUGCAUCUGUUCAUGGUGCUAAUCGUCUUGGUGCAAAUUCAUUAUUAGAUUUAGUUGUAUUCGGCCGUGCCUGUGCUAAAACAAUUGCAGCGGAAAAUAAGCCAGGAGAAACUAUUGGUCCUCUAAAACCCAAUGCCGGAGAAGAAAGUGUGGCGAACUUGGAUUGGGUCAGAAAUGCGAAUGGUAAUGUUUCUACUGCAGAAUUAAGAUUGAGCAUGCAAAAAACUAUGCAAACUCAUGCAGCAGUAUUCAGAACAGCUGAAACAUUACAAGAAGGAUGUCAGAAGAUGUCUGCCUUAUAUAAAAAAUUGAACGAUCUUAAGGUGUUGGACAAAUCUAUGAUAUGGAAUUCUGAUCUUGUAGAAUCUCUUGAAUUACAAAAUUUAAUGAUCAAUGCCAUGCAAACAAUAGUAGCUGCUGAAAAUAGAAAAGAAAGUCGUGGGGCUCAUGCACGUGAAGAUUUUAGAGAUAGAAUCGAUGAAUAUGAUUACAGUAAAUCAACAGAAAACCAAAAACCUAGACCAUUGGAUCAACAUUGGCGAAAGCAUACACUUACAAAAAUAAAUGUUAGAACAGGAGAAGUAUCUAUCGAUUUCAGACCAGUUAUAGACAAUACUUUAAAUAAACAGGAAUGUGCGACAGUUCCACCCGCAAUUCGUUCCUAUUAGAAUUUUUUUUCGAAAAUUUGAAUAAUUUUUGUACAGGAAGGAGCAACCGACAAGGAGAAGUUACCGAUAUCCUAUCAUUACAAUGCAGCAAUUUUAUUUAUUAUUGCACGUGAAUCAGAUCGUGCACCAAAGUGUAAUUCUUGUCAAUACUUGCACGUGUUGCAAGCAAGAUUAGUUGUCCUUGUAGGAUAAUGGUGCUGAAAUUAUCUUCAUUAUUUUAAAGAAGAUUUUAAUCGAUCUCUUAGCAAAUCAAUGCUACAUUUAUGUAAAUUGAAUAGUAAAAUAUUCUAGCGUGAUUCAGGCAGCAAAUAAUUUCACGCACAGAUCUUUUAAGGAGGAACGUUCUGCCUACCUCUACAAUUUUCAGUAUUUUUCUUUCUGUAAUUCUCAGUCGGAAUAAUGUCUUUUUCUACCGAACAAUUUUGCAAAUUCUAUCUAAUAAUAUUAAGAGUUAUUUAAUGAAGAUAUUUUGUACGAUAAUUCAUGAGCUAGUACUCCCUAAAAGGUUGUGCAGCAAGAGUAUGCCACUUUAGAUGCGGCUAUAUACUUAACAUUAACAGGUUAAUAUAGAAACAGUCUUAAUCACAAGAAUAACAAUUAAACUUGAUUUGUUUGUGAUCAAAUCUUGAUCAUAUUUUGUAUUUGAUAGUAUAAAUUUAUUCUCUAAUAUAGAAUAAUACUGUUUGUGUUUUUAGUUUGGAGUGACAGUACUUAUAUCGUUCAAUAUGUAGCUUGGUUUGGAUUUUGUUUGAUUAUCUGUUUCUACGUUGCCUGUUAUAACAGUCAUGUAUUAUUUUUAUCGUACCAUAUAUUUCAUAAAUAAUCUCGAAUAAUAUCGAAAUCAAUAAGUACAUGGAUGAAAUCGUGUACUUUAAUAUAAUUUAAUCUGAAAAGAUAUGCUGCGCAGCAUGAUAUGUACAUAAAUUUGUCAAUAAAACAGAAAUCUUCAUUCUUCUACUUAUAAAAAUUAUUUUUCCGUGUAAAAUGUACGUAUAAAGUUUUUCUUAUUAAAUUGUAUUUAUUUUUGUUUAUUUAUUGCUAUAUUGUAUUUAUAAAAAAAAACACUAUAUUCUUGACGAAUAUCGUUUAUUAAACCCAUAAUAAUAAUAAUUUUUAUGUUCUGGUCAUAAAUAAGAAUUUUACGGAUUAAAUAAAAAUUGCUACCAAACAUAUUUUCUAAAGCAUUAAACUAAAGCUCGUAGCUAAUACUUCAGAAAAUGUUUACAAGUUACAAUUUAAUUUAAAAUGAACAUGGACUUAAUGAAUAUGUUCUCACAUACGAAACAUUAUACCAUCAAAGAAUACACAGAUAUAUUCAAAAAUAAAUUGUGCAUAAAUUAUACAAUCAUUUUGUGAAAUCUAAUAUUACAAAUAUUUUAAUGAACGUUUUAAAAAAUAAUAUGAAAUGAUAAAAAUUCAAUAAAAUUAUUGGCACCAACAUAAAUGCUUCUCUUUGAUCAUUUUUCUUGUAAAUUAUGUAUUAUUUAGCCAAAAUUGAGUAGAAACGUGAUAUUACGUG